UACCAUCAAAUAAAGAAAUAAAUAAUAAUAGAACCAGACUGGGGAAAUACUCGAAACGCGUUCACGCUUCUGAUUUGUCCUUUUCAGGACGCCGUAGCUGGAUGUCUUCAAAAUGGCGGAGAACAAAAAAAUAGCAAUGCGUUCUCAGGACCCGGGUCAGCGGCGCGUGCUGGACGGAGCGACCCGGCAGCGGAGGCUCACGCGCCAGCUCGAGGCGCUCGAGAAGGAUAACUUCCAGGACGACCCGCACGCGAGCCUUCCGCCGCCGGUCAAGCGCCUGCCGCAUUUCGACGAGAGCGACGAACCCGGAAAGCGGAGAAAGAAGACCAGAGGUGACCAUUUCAAACAGCGUUUCCGGAAAAACUUCCAAGCCCUGCUCGAGGAGGAGGAUUUGAGUGUAAGCGAGGGUCCAAACUAUCUGACGGCGUGCGCCGAGCCGUCCAAGCUUCCUCAGCGUCACUUCUGUGCUGUGUGCGGCUUUCCUUCCAACUACACCUGCGUCUCCUGCGGCGCUCGAUACUGCUGCGUGCGAUGCUUAGCGACACAUCACGAGACCAGGUGUUUGAAAUGGACCGUAUGAUCCUGCGUGUCGGAUGGCCGAAAAUCCACUUCAUGUUGAGUCGCAUUAGAAUGAAAACGCUGUGCGCUGGUCUGCAGUGCUGAUGGCCUGAGGACGCCACAGUUUUUCCAUGUAUGGCCUGAAGAGGAACAGAGUUCCUAGGUGCAGUUUGGGAUGAACUACAUUACACAUUGACACUAUGGAAGCUUGUGAAAUAAUCAUGGU